UCACUAGACCUUCUUUAAAACUCUCUUUAACUACAAAUUUCCAUCUCUAAGCGCUCUUCACUCAAUUUCUGUCUCUACACAUAUUGUACAUAUCUGUUUGCAAAUUACUCUCUCCGUCUCACUCAUUUGUACCGACUGCAUCUCCCUCGUCUCCGAUAUUGAUUGAGGGCAGACAUCAACAAUUUUUUUUUGGUUCGUGAUAUACAUUGAUUAAUUUAUUUAUAUAUAAUCAAGAUGACCGUUAGAAACCCUGGUACACCGGUUUCGAAGAUAGUGAGGACACCUGUAUCCACUCCCGGAGGGACUAAAAGUAGAGAAGAGAAGAUUGUGGUAACAGUGAGGUUAAGGCCACUGAAUAAAAGGGAGCAAUUGGCGAAAGAUCAAGUCGCGUGGGAAUGCAUUGAAGAUCACACUAUUGUUUACAAGGCAUCGCCUAAUGAGCGUGUAGCUCAUCAUUCUGCCUCAUUCACAUUUGAUAAGGUAUUUGGUCCUGCUUCUUUUACGGAUACUGUGUAUGAGGAGGGAGUAAAGAAUGUUGCGUUGUCUGCUCUGAUGGGAAUCAAUGCUACUAUAUUCGCUUAUGGUCAAACCAGCAGUGGAAAGACAUACACAAUGAGAGGAAUUACAGAGAAAGCUGUUCAUGAUAUUUACAAGCAUAUACUUAAUACUCCAGAGAGGGAUUUUCGAAUAAGAAUUUCAGGGCUUGAAAUCUAUAAUGAGAAUGUCAGGGACUUGUUGAAUUCUGAUUCUGGGCGCAAUUUAAAGCUUCUAGAUGAUCCAGAGAAAGGAACUGUGGUUGAGAAGUUAGUUGAGGAAACAGCGAAUGAUGACCAGCAUCUAAGAAAUUUGAUUAGAAUUUGUGAGGCUCAAAGACAAGUAGGCGAAACUGCCCUCAACGAUACCAGUUCAAGGUCACACCAGAUAAUAAGGCUGACAAUUGAAAGUACACUUCGUGAAAAUUCAGAUUGUGUGAGAUCUUAUGUUGCAAGCCUGAACUUUGUAGACUUAGCAGGAAGUGAAAGAGUCUCUCAGACAAAUUCCGAGGGAGUUAGGCUCAGAGAGGGAUGCCAUAUUAACCUUAGUCUGAUGACUCUUACAACAGUAAUUAGAAAGUUAAGUGUUGGAAAAAGAAGUGGUCAUAUACCAUACCGAGACUCAAAGCUCACACGAAUAUUGCAGCACUCUCUUGGUGGUAAUGCACGCACUGCUAUCAUUUGCACUUUGAGUCCUGCAUCCAGCCACGUGGAGCAAUCCCGAAACACACUGUACUUUGCCACCCGAGCUAAGGAAGUUGUAAACAAUGCCCAAGUAAACAUGGUUGUUUCAGACAAACAAUUAAUUAAGCAUUUACAGAAGGAAGUAGCCAGACUCGAAGCUGCACGCACACCAGAUCCACUAAGUGAAAAAGAUUACAAAAUACAGCAGAUGGAGAAAGAAAUUGAGGAAUUGAGAAUUCAACGGGAUCUUGCAAAGUCUCAGGUUGAUGAGUUGCGUAGGAAACUUCAGGAAGAACCACAGGUUUUAAAGAUGACUGAGUCACGCAGUCCAAUUGUAAAAAAGUGCCUCUCAUUUUCUGGGACCUUGUCGCCUAACCUUGCUGGCAAAGAGACAGAUCAUUUUGUAAAGAUGAGAAAUACAACAGGAAGGCAGACAAUGAGGCAAUCAUCCACUGCGCCUUUCACACUUAUGAAUGAGAUUAGAAAACUUGAGCAUCUCCAAGAGCAGCUUGGAGAGGAAGCAAACCGAGCACUGGAAGUACUUCAGAAAGAGGUUGCUUGUCAUAGACAAGGUAACCAAGAUGCAGCAGAGACAAUUGCUAAGCUACAAGCUGAAAUAAAGGAUAUGUGUGCUGUUCGACCAGCCCCAAAAGAUGUUAAAGUUGAAAAUGUUGUUUCUGUUAACAAAAGUAUCAGUGCCAAUCUCAAGGAUGAAAUAACUAGACUUCACUCACAAGGAGGUAACAUUGCCAAUCUUGAGGAGCAGCUAGAAAAUGUUCAGAAGUCCAUUGACAAGUUGGUAAUGUCUCUUCCAAGCAACGAAGACCAACAGUGUAAUGCUGAAGCCUCUUUGAAAACCAAAAAUCAUUCUAAAAAGAAGAAGCUGCUUCCUCUAGCAUCAAGCAACACAACAAACCGACAGAACUUCAUAAGAUCUCCGUGUUCACCACUGUCAUCUACAAAACAAGUGUCUAAUUCUGAUACAGAAAACAGAGCUCCAGAAUAUGACGACAAUUUGUCCAAUGAUACUCCAUUAGUUUCAGGAAAAGAUACUCCAACAAAGAGUGAGGAUGGUGGCGAUGUAUCAUCAAAGGAAGGGACUCCAUAUCGGCGUACAAGUUCUGUCAACAUGAAGAGAAUGCAAAAGAUGUUUCAAAAUGCAGCAGAAGAGAAUGUUAGAAGUAUAAGAGAAUAUGUAACAGAGUUAAAAGAACGUGUCGCUAAGCUCCAGUAUCAAAAGCAAUUACUUGUUUGCCAGGUGCUUGAGCUCGAGGCAAAUGAAGAAGCAGGGUAUGACUUGGAGAAUGAGGAGAACAUGACUGAACUUCAAGAGGUGUCCCCAAUUUCGUGGAGUGUAACUUUUAGGGAACAAAGGCAGCAGAUCAUCGAACUAUGGGAUGUUUGUUUUGUCUCAAUUAUUCACAGGACCCAGUUCUACUUGUUAUUCAAAGGAGACCCUUCUGAUCAGAUAUAUAUGGAAGUAGAACUUAGGCGAUUGAAUUGGCUGCAGCAGCACUUGGCUGAAAUUGGUAAUGCAACUCCAGCUCAUACAGGAGAAGAGCCCACAAUCUCAGUUUCUUCGAGCCUUAGAGCAUUGAAGCGCGAAAGAGAGUUUCUUGCCAGGAGAUUGACUGUUCGGCUGAGUAUGGAGGAAAGGGAAGCUUUGUACAUAAAAUGGGAAGUUCCAUUAGAAGGGAAGCACAGGAAGAUGCAAUUCAUAAACAAGCUUUGGGUAAAUCCCCAUGAUGCCAGGCAUGUACAGGAGAGUGCUGACAUAGUGGCAAACCUUGUAGGUUUUCGUCAGAGUGGAAAUUUGUCCAAGGAAAUGUUUGAGCUCAACUUUGUACUUCCAUCUGACAAGAGGCCAUGGAUCAUGGGAUGGUCCAACCCUAUCUCAAACCUUCUCCACUUGUGAGAAACCAGAAAUUCUUCAUUUUCUUUUUUACAUUAUUUGCUGUAUAUGAUUCUCGGAAGUCUUAUUCCAAGUAGGUCUUCUCUUCAGUAUAAUGAACUAAGCAUACUUUGUUUGCUUCAUGAAAUAUCAGAUAAUUAUAGUUGUUCUCAACUCUGAAGAUCAAUCAAGUCUAUUAUGCUACCUUGUUCCAGUCUUCUUUAUUCAAAAUUCAUAUUAUUCGUA